AUGAGUGGAAGUAUGAAGAAGAAGCGAACGAUUCACGCAACUGAAUUCUGGUCUCUUGAAUCUUCUAGAAAAAGCCACAACAACAACAACAGUAAUAAUAAUAAUAACAAUAGUAAUAAUAACAAUAAGAAUAAUAAUAAUUCACUAAUCCAGGUCCCCAGUGACGUCAAAUUUUUUAGGGACACUAAUUUUUUGGUCGCCGAUUCAGUCGGUCACGGAGUAUUUUUACUUUCGCCAGUGGACGAUGGUGAGACUUUCGCAAGAGUUCCCUGCGGCGAGGAAGAUUCGGAUGAUCGCGAUUGCUUACGAGUCGACGACGAAGACACAAAAAAUCGCGAGGACAUUCGCUACGCUCGCGACAAUACUUUUACCGAAAAGAAGAAUAAUCUGAAUAGAAUUCCCGACAAUAAUAGUAGUAAUGAUAAAUUAUCCGGAAAAAUAGAUGGCUAUUUUUAUAAGAAAUUAUUCCAUGAAAAAAUAUGGCCAAACUGUUUGGUAGUACUUCUUGAUAAUAAAGUUCGUCUCACUGAUAGGAAAACCAAAUCGAUCAAAACUUUCGAUAUCGAAACGGAAAAAUUGGUAUCGGAAUGGGAAUGCCCGGAAGACGAAAAUAGCCAAAUACCGGUACAGAUUAACGGUAUCGCGUACUCGCCCAAUCACAAUCAGACCAUCAUUACCGACACCACCCAUCACUGUAUUCGGAUCUUUGACGAUAAAGGCCAACAAAUAAAAACGUUUUGCUCGAGAGGAGAUUUACUGCACCAUCUUCGACUUCCGUUCUACGUCACGAUGGACACCAAAGAUCAUAUAUUAGUUUCGGAUAACAUGAAUUAUUGCGUCAAGAUCUUUGAUAUGGAGGGGAAUUUUAUAAAUAGAAUUGGCUCAGGAAAUUUGUUUGGCAAUCGUCAAUUUCAGAGUCCGUACGGCCUGUCCGUCGGUGAGGGUAACAAUGAUAUCUACGUUGCUGACCAUGAUAGCAAUAAGGAUGGUCAGUUCAUCAGUUACGCAACUGCUGGUUCAGCGUGCGAGAGCCCGUGUGCAGUUGAUGUUAAUGAGGAUGGGGGUCUGAUGGUCGUCACCCUAUCGAGCCCCAGUAUUUCAGAUGUCAAACUGUUCAGGAUUGAAUGA